CUAAAAGAACUAUUAUAAUGAAACAGUCAUCUAAUGGUGUGCAAAAUGUAUCGUUUGAAACAAAUGGAUUUUUAUCAAAUUUUACAGAUAUUUUGAAUCCAGAUAUAAAGUCGGACAAAGCUGAAAACAUUGAAUGGUCAUCCUGCUCCUCUGAUGAUGAAGAGAAGAUAAAUGAGACGCAUGAACCAGGUACAUCACAAUCAAAUGGUGCCACAAAAAGAAGAUGCUUUUCUCAAGAUCGUCUAAUUAUGGAUCGUUCUCACAAUGAACAUUCCACACUGUGUUCUAUAACAAUGCAUUCUUCUAAUAAACUUCCCCCAACUCGCCAUACUACAUUGAAUAAACAGAAAACUAAUAAAAAGUUAUCUUCUGAAGGUGACAAUUUAAUUAUAGAAUCCGACUCACCUGUAGAUAAUAAAUUAGGAAAAUGUGAACAGUCAAAACCCAAAUUUCAGACACUUAGUGAAAAAUCAACUCAGGCAUAUGCACCAGUGGAGUCUACCUUUGGACUCUCCCCAUUUCCAAACACCUCAACUCAAAUUACACCAGGGAAUGUAUGGUCCUAUCAAAAGAACAGCUGCUCAAAACCUAGGGUGGUCAGGAGACUGGACACAGAAAUGUUUCAAGAUUCGCCUGAUCAAAUAUCCGAUAUAGAUUCAGUAUCUGACAGUGACAGUAGCGAGAUUAAAGAGCUGACGGUGGAAGAAAUCAGUGAUUCAGAAGGAGGUGUACAGCAACCCCUUGAAGAAAGUGUAGGAACUCAGGACGUAGAUAUCAAUAGUGGUGUUUCAUCCUCACCAGAUAUAUCAAAGGAGAAGAAGAUUCGAGCAAGUGAUUGGGUUACUGCCCUUCUGAAGCAGAAGACACCCAGCAAGCAGGAUCUGACAAGUUGUCAGGAGGGUGAAGACUCUGCUAAGAAAAAGAAAAAACAUGCAAAAGACAGCAUAGCAGGGCAGCUGAGUCGACUCCUCAAUCGUGAGAAGGCAUCUGUAAGAUUUUGGUAUCACUCUCUCAGCACAGAAACAAAUAAUGAAGCUAAAGGAAAGUCUGUGACUGUCAGUCUGCUCACCCUAGACAAGAGGUUCUCACUUUAUGUUGCACAGUGUAAACUGUUGAAUGAAACUGAAGGAGACUUGAGAUGCAAAGUGCUUUUUACAAUAAAUACAGUGGAGAGUUUAGCACUUAAACCUGGCAUAACUGUCCAGAUUUUUCCACCUUGGCAACAACUAGAAGAGUGCUCAGGGGAGAAAACUCUACUUUGCACACAGUACGUCCGCAUAGUUUCUUCUGUUCAAAACCCUACUACCAAAGUGGCCACAAACACAUCAGAGAAUCUACAUAAUGUAUCUGCAACGUGGGAGUGCCCUUGUUCAAAAGACCAGUCUAUUCCUGCUAGCUCCUGCCCUGCCGUGAAAUUUCCUGUGAUUUCUCCUAUCCAGAGGCCAGAAGACAUUGGUCCUCGUCACCCAGCUAAAGCUGUGCUCCAUUCCAUCAAUGCAACUCCAUGGUGUCACGAAUCAUCCAAUGUUAGGCGAACAUUUUUGGAAAGCAAGGAAGGAAUGGGGAGAGAAUCCACCUAUUUACCUCCCUUCCUUGCCAGGGUUAUAAGGAUUUUCAGAUGCAGAGAGGAAAAUCUUCAAAUAAUCAGACACCAUCUUUUAAUGGAAGACACAGCAGGUACCAUUAUUUUCAUCUCAUUACCUGAAGACUUCACCGACAUCUCAAGCCUGUGGAAGUUGUAUGGGAAAAGUUGUUUGUGCUCAGGGCUAGUCAUUGAAUCCCGCAUCAACAGAGACAUAGAACCAGAGUUAUUUGGUAUCAUUGACAUCACCUGGACCCUGCAGCCCAAACAAAGUCAGCAGAGCGGAACAGACUCAUCACAACUCAUACAGAGUACUAGAAAAUGUCCCAACUUUGCCUAUUGGCUAAAGUCAGCCAAUGGCUAUAACUGUAUAAUCAAAAUGGAUGUGGAAGACAGCCAAAUAGAUUCACAAGCUUCUGAACUUAUGGAUCUAAAAGACACCGUUCAGAUGGAUAGGAGAGGUAGAGUUUCAUUCUUGGCAAAAGUAGUGGUGAACUCUGGGUUUAAGGAGGCAUCAGUCUCACCAACUGUGUUUGUCUUUGAUGAGUCUAGUAUCCAAAAUGGAUUUACAGCCAUGCAGAAGUUGGAAGUAGACAGUUCUUGUGUGUUGGAAAACAUGUCUUCAGUCUGUUUUUUCCAGGAUGUUAUCUCUGAUAAGGGUUUUCUUCAUUGUGACAAGUUUACCCUAAUAUUGGGCCAGAAGUCUUGGGCAGAAUGGGAAGUUCCAGAUAGACUUGGUCAGUCUGCGAUUGAAAGAAUUGUUUCAUGCCCUCUGGUCCUGCCAGAGGUCAGUGUGUCCUGCUCCUCUGGAGAUUUUGUCAGAGUGGAAGGAAUUAUUUGUGAAAUAGAUGAAAACACAGCUUUUUCAUGGGAGGAAUGUCCUGUGUGUGGAUGUGACACAAACACCACUGAAGAUUCAGGUUCAAUAGUUUGUACCAACUGUAAAAGCCAAGUGGACUCACUAGUGACACGAAUGAAAAUGGAAGCUUAUGUUCAAUGCCAGUCCAUGCCUAAUGGCUCCCUGGUCAAAAUUAAUUUGACCCAAAGGUCAAUAGAGUCAGUCCUGCCACAAGAGACAGAUGAUGAGGGCUACGAUAUGGAUCAAGUUAUCAAGAAACCCCUGAACUGUCCAGUGUGUCGUGUGGAAGAAAUCUUAGAGAGUCACAACGAUAACAAUGUUGCUGUUAACCAGACAAGGUUUAAGCUUGUGGAAUUUGAUAACUUAACCCUGUAAUACCAAAAUCUGCAUCAAGAAUGGAAUUCAAUAUAGAUCUAUAUAUAUAUUCAAAAAGUUCUGAUUGUUACAAGUUGUGUUUGUACAUUUAUUGAUAAUUAUAUUGCUUCUUGACAAAUUCUUAAAAUAAAGUAGAAUGAUAAAAAUGUAUAUAUAGCUUAUUUUUUAAAAAAUAAAUGAAGCUUAUUUUUCUUUCAAAAUAGGAACCAUUCUGCCUACAUUUUAUUCUAUUUUUCCUUACUAUUACUUGCCUUAAAAAAAGUUUUUUUUAAAAUGUUAAUUUUAUUUAAGUUGUUUUUAAAAUGCACAUAAUCAUAAGCUGACAAUGUCAUCAUUUCACUUGAUUGUAAUUCCUUUUUUUCUUGUUGUCUUGUUGUCCCCCUUUAUGUCCCAGUUUCUGGACAAAAGUGAAACCAGUUGUAAAUAAAGCAAGAUUGAUCUCCCCUAAACUUUCUAGAAUAUGCUUAUAUCACAUUUAUAACACCACAGAGAAAGCAAUUCGGGAUAUAGACAGGAUUUUAAAUACAUUUUUAAUUAUUUAAACUUUUUUAAAAGAAUAGAAUCUUAUAGAAAAAAAGAAUUACGCACCAAGUGAACGGUAUAAUAAUGAUGAAUAUUAGUACUUUAUAAAUUCAUGCGUUUUUUGAGAAAUCGGAUAAAGCGUAAUUUACUACAUCCGGUCAACGGAAAUUACUCAAAAUUUGACAGAUGGCACAGAAUUAUAUCUUUUCCUUAUAUUUGAAACUUUGUUUAUCUGAAACCAUACUCAAGUUAUAGGCUUUUGAAAAACCAAAAGUAGAAUAAGUUCCACUUCCGGUCAUCAGAAAUCGCUGAAAAGUUGAUACAGAACUACAAAUUUGAUAUAAUACUUAUAUGAAAUUUCACCAACCUAGCUGUAAUGGUACUCAAGUUAUCGUGUCCACUGAAACACACACACAGACAGUAUUGCAAAGCCCAGUUUUUCCGACUCAAUUACGUAUAAGACGCCGAAAUUUUGAGAAAUCUGGAUUUAGAAUUUUUGCUCGAUUAAAAUAAGUCCUCUAUACUCCAUAUAUGAUGAAGUAUUGAGAAGUAAAACUGAAAACUGUAAAAAAUUUCAUGUGAUUUUUGUGCAUGAUUACAAAACUUCCUCUAUACUCUGUAUAUGAGAAAGUAAAAAUAUAGGUCCAUUUAAGUUUACACAUGUAAAUAACUAUAAUACCAGUUAAACAUAUAAGCUCUGCUUAGACUAACUUGUUGAUUUUCAGAUACAGUUUUGAAAAUCUUUAUUGAAAUAGAAUUACAAACUUCAAUUAUAUUAAAAGAAAGGAUAAGAAAUAUAAAUCUUGCACUGUUUUCCUUGUGUUGUUUUUUAUUUCAGCUUCAUCUUUUUUAACAGAUUAUUUUUACUUUUUUUUCAAUUGGACUUAAAUAUUUA